AUGUCUGACAACAAACGAGUCUGCCUUGCCUACUCUGGAGGCCUAGACACAUCCGUCAUACUCCGGUAUCUUCGCCUUGAGGGCUACACCGUGGUUGCUUAUCUCGGCAACGUCGGCCAGGACGAGGACUGGGCCGCCGUCGAGAAGAAGGCUCUGGCUCUCGGUGCCGAGCGCAUGGUGAUCGAGGACCUUCAGCAGGAGUUCCUUGAGGAACUUGUUUUCCGUGGCAUCCAAUGCAAUGCCAUUUACGAGGACCGAUAUCUUCUCGGAACUAGUCUUGCCCGGCCAGUAUUGGCACGCGCCCUCGUCCGCACCGCCCAGAAGUACAAGUGCCAGAUUCUCAGCCACGGUUGCACUGGCAAGGGGAAUGAGUAUGUUCUUGCAAAAACCAUGGCCCUAGGCCAGCGGCAGAGCUGCUGGUCAGGAGCAGUACUGGCAUUUGGUCAAGGUCCACAGCUAGCCUGCGCCAGCAAUGAUGGAGUUUCGGCCUUUGCCGUUGCUGCGGUCGGUCUGACCUUCGCAGCUAACAAUGAUGACCUUCCGGGAUCGGCUUCACUCCCGUCUCUGAAGGUUUCCGGGACCCACACGGCGCCCGGGUUUCUCAACUCCAUCAAGUGCCAGGUUAGGUUCGAAUUAGCUUGGCGAGCGCUCGAUCCUACUAUGUCUAUCAUCGCCCCGUGGCGCAUGCCGAAGUUCUUCAACCGCUUCCAGGGCCGACAAGACCUCCUGAAGUUUGCGGCCGAGAACAACAUCCCAGUUUCGUCCUCUCCCAAGUCUCCCUGGAGUCUCGAUGCCAACCUGGCACAUACCUCAGCCGAAUCGGGCAUCCUCGAAAAGCCCGAGAUGGUUGCGCCCAAGGAUGUCUGGACCAAAUCUGUUGAUCCGCUCGAUGCGCCCGAUGUCCCGACCAAGUUCUCUGUCACCUUCAAGGCUGGCAUCCCUGUCAAGCUUGAUGUGGAAGGCGGUGAAACCUACACCAACUCAGUCGCACUCUUCAAGAAGCUCAAUGAGAUUGCAGGCGCCAACGGCGUCGGUCGACAGGAUCUCGUCGAAUCUCGGUAUUUUACCAUCCCCGCCGCCACCAUCAGCCCCCCUCCCCCCAAGACCCGAACUUGUACUGACAAUAUCGCAAGCUUCAUCGGAUUGAAGAGCCGAGGUUGCUACGAUGCCCCAGCCCAUACGGUGCUGCGUCUAGCCCACGUUGAUCUCGAAGGUAUGACCGUGGACUCCAAGGUUCGCGGAAUUAUGUCCUGGAUCGGAAACGAGUGGUCCCAGUGCCUCUACAAUGGCAUGUACUUCUCCCCCGAGCGUGAGCUCCUCGAAAACUCCAUCAUCUACAGCCAGAAGCAUGUGAAUGGCACAGUCAACAUGAUGGUAUACAAGGGAGCAGCUCAUGUCCUUUCCCGCUCUGCGCCGGACAGCAACCUAUACAGUGAGGAACAGGCUAGUAUGGAUACUCUCGAGGGAUUCAGCCCAGAGGACACCAGUGGCUUCAUUGCCAUCCAGGCGAUUCGCCUGGAGAAGUAUGGCGCGGCCAAGAUCCAACAUGGCGAACCCCUGGUUUAG